AUGUCUAUAAUACUCUUAGGAUAGAUUGGAUCAGGCAAUACAACAUUGUAGAAUAAAAUUACACAAUCUAAUGAAAAAACAUUUACAGGCGGAGACUCAGUUACUAUGAAUAUAUUUAAAAAAAAAUCCUGCUUCGGUUCAGGAUUCUCAGUUUUAGAUAUUCCAAGCUAUGAUUCUUAUUCUAAAAAUGUAAAUUAUUAUGUAAGUGUGCUUUCUGCAUUAUCUGAAGGACCACUUAAUAGACUAAUUAUUGUGGUUAAAUUUAAUUAAACAAGAAUAAUAAUUGAAGAUGUAAAAAAAAUUUUACGAACAUUUUAUAAUUAUUGCUCUCUUAUAACAGUAAUUAUUACAUUUUGGGAUUUAUGCGAAAUAGGAGAAAAAUAAGAAAAUAAAAGAGAUAUUGAAAAAAUGCUAGGAUAAUAUAAAAUUAAUUCAGUGUUGUUUUUUGAGAAGAAUGAUUCUUCUGAAAUCAUUUGUUAGCAAAUUGAUCAAAUAAUUGCUAAAUCAGAAUCAUAAAAUAUCAUUUUACAAGAAGAUCACUAUCUUAAAAAUAUAUAUAUGAAUCAAGAGUAUGAUGGAGAGAUAUUUGAAAUUGAAAUGUUGAAAGAUCAUUAUAUAGCAUAUUACUAUAAUUUUUAUAAAUAAGCAAUAAAACUAAUAUAAGAUUAAACAGUUCCUCUAGGAUUAUAAGCAGAUUAUUUUUCUGCAUUAGCUUAAUUUGCACUAAAAACAGUAAAAGAAAUCAUAAAAAAAUUUGAGGGGAUACAUUAUCAAUAAUAGAUUAAUUAGAAGAGAAAUAAUAAUUUAUUGCCUUUAAAAUUCAUUUUGAAAUGAAGAAUACUUUAUUUAAAUAUUAUAGCGGGAUUGUUGAUAAGUUAAAUCAAAAAAUUUAUUCUGGACAUCAUUUCUCAAAUUAUAUAAAAAAAUGUAAUUAUUGCAAUUAAAUUUGGCUCAAAACUAGUGGUUGUUCUUCCUACACAGUAUGUGGAUAAAUAGAUGACAAUCAUGAAGAUCAUUUGAUAAAGUAUGAAAGCCCUCCUCUAAAAUUUGAUUGUACAUAUCAUAAAGAAAAGUUGGAAAUUAAACCUAAUGAGACAGUGAGAGCUUUAAUAAUAACAUUAAAUGAAUAAAAUAGAUAGAAUUUAAAGACAAAUGAGCAAAAUAUGUAAUAAUUCUAAUACAUUUAACUUGGUUAUAAAUUUGCUAAAGUAGGUAGAAUGGGAUGUAAAAGUAAAAUCGAUUGGAGGCAUAUGAUUCCAUUAACAAAAGAUGAAUUAAAUGAAGUUUUAGGUAUUUUGGAUGAAAGAUUUUGUGAUUACUUAGAUGACCUCGAAAAAGUAUACAAUUAACGAACAGCAAUUUAUGAAAGCUAACUUAAAAAUGAAAUAGAAAAAAAAAUUUAAGAAUAAAAGACAAAGUUACAAAAAUAAUGA